AUGGGGGUGUUACAAGACAACCACAAAAGAUGUGUGACAUUUGCAGCAGGGCUGCUUGAUAAGGAGGACGUGGAGUCGUACAGCUGGAUAUUGAAGCACUUCAAGAACGCAAUGGGGACUGCACCACCCCUAAUAAUUACCGAUCAAGACCCAGCUAUGAAGAUUGCAAUAGCAGAUGUGUUUGCAGGUAGCCGGCACCGAUACUGUAUGUGGCACAUAAUGACCAAAGUAAGUGAGAAAGUUGGAACUGAGAUGUCAAAGAACAACGAAUUUCGGGGGGCAUUAAACAUUGUUGUGUGGAACGAGAAAUCAACAAGGGCAGAAUUCGAGAUUGGGUGGAAAACAGUAAUUGAAAAAUAUGGACUACAGGAAAACCGAUGGCUAAACCGUAUGUACGACGAGCGUGCAUCAUGGGUGCCCGCAUUUUUCGAUGAUGUGUUCAUGGAUGGCCUACUACGUACCACUUCCCGUUCGGAGGCGGAGAAUAGGAUUUUUCAGAGUAACAUGAACAGGCACUUAUGCCUUGUUGAAUUUUUCGGCCGUUUCGAGCGUGCGGUUCGAAAGCAACGAAAUAACAACUUAGAAUUAAGCGCAGGUUGCUACGGACAGACCCCAGAUUUUGAGACCUCCCUAAGCAUUGAGCGCGCAGCAGCAGCAGUGUACACACUGACUAUUUUUUAUGAGGUCCAAAAGCAAAUAAGUGCAUCCUGUUUUAAAUGUCUAGUGCGAGCAUUCACCAAGGCAGAAGGGGUGCAAACAUAUGUGAUAGAGGAUGAAAACGAGGAGCGAUACACCGUUAUAGUCCAAGACGGGAGCAACAGCAUAGCGUGCACAUGCAAAAUGUUAUUAGUUGGAGACUAA